CCAUGAUAUAUCAGUUAUAUAGCAAUCAUGUGAAUCAAGAUCUUUUAUUAGACAUAAAAUAGCUUGAAAUUGCAGCUGUUAUUCAAAACGCGUCCCAAAUUACUGCGCCCUCACAUACUGCAGAUUAAUGCGCGGAAGGACCUCUUGAACUGUGUAACUCUCACCCAGACGAGUCAUUUCAGUGAUGAUUAAAGACAUAGUGGCAUGUACCCAUACAAGGAAAUCUUUACAAAUGUCAACUUUGCACAAAGCACAUAGUUAUGGCUAUUGUCCCUGGUAUUUCAGCAUAUAAGCAGGCAGAAAGAUCCCCUUAAGCCAAAAAAGACAUACCUGUUGUAUGAAUGUACAUGUAGAGCAUUAGCAGAAUUCUACAGAUGUCUGUUACCUUUGCCUUUGGACAACGUGUUGCCAGUUGAGGCUAUGAAGAUAAACGAGAAAAGUUUGGCCAAGUAUGCCGAGUCAGGUGCACGUCCCCCGGAGCGGGAGGGGUAUCUGCUUAAGAAGGGGGAUUUCCAUCGCUCAUAUCAGAAACGCUGGUUCGUGCUGAAAGGAAAUCUGCUGUUCUACUUCGAGAAAAGGAUUGACAAAGACCCUAUAGGAGUUGUGGUACUUGAAGGCUGUACGGUGGACCUGUCUGACAAUGACAAUGAUUUUGAGUUUAUCAUAAAGUUUGCUGGAGUGAACACUCGAACAUAUGUGAUGGGUGCGGACACACAGGAGGAUAUGGAAGGCUGGAUGAAGGCAAUAUCAGGGGCCAGCUAUGAAUACUUAAAAAUCUGUGUCUCACAGUUAAAGUCGCAACUUCGUGACUUAGACGAAAGUUCUCAGAAUGCUUUGGUCUACGGUGCGGUCAAGGAUAGAAACACUUUGAGGAAUGCAGGACAUCUGAAAAAUUCACCGCAAGACUCAAAUUCCUCCUUGAAUCAUGAUGCUAGUGCAAUUAAAAGACAUAAUCCAUUUAAUACAGGGGAAUCGUUUGACCGUGAAAGUGUGUGCAAUAGUAUCAGUGAGCCUGAGCGCAGGAUUCAGACAUUCUUAGAAAUGCACGAGGAGCUGCGUGCACAAAUUGAAGAAAUAAUGAAACUUUGGCAAGCUCAAAAGUUUCAAUCUGGGCCCAUGUUAGGAGAUAAAAACGCAACCUAGCAGGAACUGCUAACUUAGGCUUUGUUGACAAACUAUGAACCUUGCUCUGGAAAAAUGGGGUUAAAUGCAUAUGUGAUAUGUGUCAUCCUUGUUUAGCCUGUGAAGUCCACAGAGGCUUAUCAGUUAUGACGCUUUCCGUCACAGCUAGAGUUUUGCUACAGAAAGACUAUAUAAAUGAAAAUUACCAUUAAAUCGGAGAGUGAGGUUGCAGGAUAGGCUGUGCUGACUGUCAUUAAGCCCUGUUUUACCAGAGCAAGAAGUAUAGUUAAUUGUAAUAUUUUUAAAACUAUACCUCUAUUUGCAACUGCAGCUAUUUUUAGGUUGAAAGGUUGUGUAGUCUCGGGCAUAAUAGUGAAUUUUGUAAAUUAUGACAAGCCAGUGCUAUUGCUUAUUUGCCAAUUUUCUUGCGAGAUGAAAAAUAAUCUCUUUAUUCAGUCAUCAAUUGGUUUGAAAUCAAAAUAUCUCUAAAAACAUCAAUGAUUAUAUUAUCCUUUUUCCUCAUAAGAAAAAAAGUGAAAAUGGCUUUUGCAAACAGAAAAAACCCAGAACAGUCUGCCAGUAACUUGUUAUCUGUUCAGGUUUUAUGCUGUUUGCUGCUCAUCAGUAACUUAAGGGUUGGAAAUGAAGCCUUUAAAAGUUGAAUUAAGUAAGAAAGGUAUUUAAUUAAAUGUAAUUUUCUAAGGGACUACAAAUGCGUCAAAAUACGUAUCUAAGUGGUAAAGGGACAUCAAGAAAAGACUCCACAUUAACCUAAAUACUUUAUGCCAUCAAACACUGUAUAUUAUCCCAGUCCAAACAUAUUUUUAGCUCACCUGAGCUUUUGUGAUCGCCUUUUGUCCGUCGUCAACAUUUGCCUUGUUAACACUCUACAGGCCACAGUCCAAAUAUGUUGGACGAGUUUGAAAAUGAUGCCAGUUAGAUGAAAAACAUGGCCGCCAGGGGACAGGGCAUUUUUCCUUAUAAGGCUGUAGUAAAACCUUGUAAACACUCUAGAGGCCACAAUAAUUGUCCAAUCUUCAUGGAAUUUAGUCAGAAGAUUGGUCUCAAUGAUAUCUUGGAUGAGUUGGAAAAUGGUUACGUUUGCUUGAAAAACAUGGCUGCCAAGGGGCGUGGCAUUUUUCCUUAUAUGGCUAUAUAUGACUAUAGUAAAACCUUGUUAACACUCUAGAGGCGACAUUUAUUGUCCAAUCUUCAUAAAACUGAGUCAGAAGAUUCAUCCCAAUGAUAUCUUGGAUGAGUGCGAAAAUGGUUCCGGUUGGUGGAAAUUACUAACAUGGCCACCAAGGGGGCGUGGCAUUUUUCCUUAUUUAAAUACAGUAAAACCUUGUUAACACUAUAGAAGCCACAUAUAUUUUCCGAUCAUCAUGAAAUCUGGUCACAAGAUUUGUCCCAAUGAUAUAUUGGAUUAGUUCAAGAAUGGUUCCAGUUGCUUGAAAAACAUGGCCACCAGGCUUCAUUAUGUAACUUUAUCAGAAUAUUUGUUUAAAUGAUAUCUUGAAUGCGUAUGAAAAUGGUUCUGGUCUGUUGAAAAAUGUAGCUGCCAGGGUGUUCACUAGUCAUGAAAGUUGGUGAGAACAUUUGUUCUAAUAACAUCAAGGGCUGCAAAGAACAGUUUCUUUGAAUCUCAGGUGAGCCACUUUGGACCUUUCAGGGCCUCUUGUUAUGAUUUUAUCGCCUCUUGUUAUGAUUUUAUCGCACCACUAAGAUAUAUUGUCACGAAUAACCCUUGUAUCUUUAGUCUUCUGAUUACAUAUAAUCAAUUUAUUGUACCUUGUGUAUAUAUAUAUAUAAUACCUAUACGAGGGUUAUUUUUUAAAACUAUGUAUUUUUGUCAA